ACCGCGAUGUAAACAAAGAAGUCAGCAGUUGAACGGCAGCGACCCAGCCGAGGGUGACACCACUGGAUGUACUUGUCUAGACUCAAGCGUCCGGACCAGAGGCUGACUGUGGGGGAAAGGCCACUCUGAAGCGAAUGAAGAAACAAUUAAUCUUCCACUUCACAUACAGAGGACUUCUAACGAGAGGAAAAAAGAGUAAAAGAAGAAAAUGGAGUAUAAAUUACGAAAAGCAGAACCCAGGGACGUGUCUGAUAUAUUGCGACUGGUGAAGGAGCUUGCAAAGUAUGAAGACAUGGAGCACCAGGUGACACUGACUGAAAAAGAACUCCUUGAGGAUGGGUUUGGUGACACCCCGUUUUACCAUUGCAUCAUUGCUGAAACCCAAGGAGAGAAUAGCAGUGGCGAUCCGAAGGUGGUGGGUUUUGUCAUGUACUACUUUACUUAUGACCCCUGGGUUGGCAAACAGCUCUACCUGGAGGAGUUCUACGUGAUGCAGGAGUACAGGGGACUGGGCAUCGGUUCGGAGCUCCUGCGCCAUCUCAGUGAUCUGGCGAUGAAGACGCGCUGCACCGGCAUGAUGUUCGUUGUUGCAGAGAACAAUGAGCCGUCUAUCGAGUUCUACAAGCGGCGCGGGGCUGAGGACCUCUCUCAGGAGGAAGGUUGGAGGCUCUUCAGGUUCAACAAGAACAGCCUUGUGAAGAUGGGCACUCCACCUGAGGAAUGAUGAAAUCUCAGCACACACCAGAGGAGGGCGAGGAGGAGGAGACAUGAGAGUCUGACCAGAGAUGGGGAGUUGGGCUGCUUUUUUUGACGAGUCAUGUUAUUGAAGCUCUGAUAGUGUUGUUGCUGCUGUAACUUUCAGUCCUUUGUGAGAGUACAGAGUGGUGGCAUCACAGCAGCCUGCUCAGAAAUCAGUCAGUCUCUCUGCGUUUCCUCUCCAGUCAGGCGAGGGUUGAUUCAUAGAAAUUCAGCUUUUUAAAAAGGGGAAUUGUGUAUCACAGUAAUAUUAUUAUGUUUCUGUAUAGUUCACAGUCUUAGUAAGCCUUUUGUCUGUUGCUAAUAUAGUACUCUGAAUCUUUAAUGAUUAUUUUAACCUUUCAUUCUUUGUAUUGGGGAAUUUGAUUGGCAGGAAGAAUUAAUAUGAUUUAAGUUUGCAAUAAAACAAUGAAUCACA